GUGGGCAUUUCGAGUGUUUGAAACGAAUGAAAGCUUAUCUUUUUGUAAACAGGUGUUUGAUUAGAUAUUAGGCUGCAAUAAAUACUGUGUUGGGAAAGCAUUGUAGUCAUUCAACGAAAAAUCGUCUUCAUCGAAUUCGUCACAAUGGCUCUUCUCGCUUGUGUUUACGUUUUGGCUGCAUUUUGCAUUGCGUCGUCCAUGCAAACCGAAUAUUACAAAUGCGAGGGUGGUUUACCAGAGCCUAAAAAUUUAAAUAUCGAAGGUUGCGAUAAAUUACCUUGUUCAUUGGUCAGAGGUACUGAUUUAAAAGCACAGUGGGAUUUUGCAGUUACUGCAAAUACUGCUACCUUAAAACCACGAGUUAUAGUAACGGUAUUCGGUGUUACUACGGAAUAUGAUUAUCCACGUCCAGAUGCAUGUAAGGAUUUAGUAAACGGUGAAUGUCCUUUGGAAAAAGGCGAAGAAGUCACUUAUUCCUUAUUAAUGCCUAUUUUAAAAAUCUAUCCAAAUAUUAGAUUGGACAUAGAAUUCUCUUUAAUUGACGAAAAUAAGAAUGCUCAAGUUUGCUUCAAAAUUGAUGGGAAAGUCGUCAAUUAAAUAAGGAUCAUCAAUAAAUCUUGAUAAAGUAUAUUGGACUUAUUGAUUAUUAUUUUUAGUAUUAUUAUUAUUAUUACUACUACUACUACUAUUGUUGUUGUUGUCGUUGUUAUAUUACUAGUAUUAUGCGUUAACGAUCAAAAUAGCGAAUUAGUCGUAAAUGAGAAAUAGUUGUAUGCAAUUUAAUCGUUGAAAUUCAUCAAGGAUGGACGCAUCCGUGUGAUACGAUAUUGUUCAAUAGAACCGUACAUGAAUACGUACAUACAUACGUACCUACAUACGUACAUACAUACGUACAUGCAUACGUGCCACCGAUCGAUUCAGCAGAGAGACAGCUAGGAGAAAAGGACUGGAUAUAUUUUUCGAUUUAAUAGUUACUCAUUUUCCAUCUAUAGAGAAUCUAUUGUAAUCUAAUUCGUAUUGGAAUAACAUCCUUUAUAAUUAUUAUUAA